GCUGAAUUGGUGCUUCUAAUUAAUGUAAAAGUUUUCCUCCGGUGUAAAUGAUUGUCCACAUCCAUGUCAUUAACACCAUAAAAUUUGUCACCACUGUAGUCUAUUCAUAGACUUGAAUAUAUAAUUCUGCUCAGGUGUAUAGUUGUAUGAAGCAUAGAAUUCCAUAAUUUGUGUCUGGCAGGUGAGAGUAUGUACCUGGAGUGAAAAAUACGUCCAAUUAAUCUCUCAGGGGGGAAUGCUUAUAAUUUCCAUAUUCAUCUACAGCCUGAAGACUUGUCCUUAAUUUAAAAAUGGGACAAUUUGGAUGUAUAUAGCGCAGGUAUUUUAAAUCUUUGAGAUAGGGUCCUUGACUUCUUGUGAAAUAAAUAGAAACCAGCCCACUGAAAUGAGCCAAUCAGAAGUGAACAAACAAAGAUCCACACUUGGUGUAGUAAAAGCACAUGUUUCCUUAUACAGGAGGAUUUUAAUUUUAGUCAUAUUUAUAUUUACCCGGUCUUUGUGUAAGCCGUAUUUAAAGAGUUUACCUAUAUACUCAUAAGGUUAUGGGGUCUUUGAAUGAAAAGACUUGGGUCAGGUGAUAGCAAGCUAAUCAGCUGUUAUGAUUACACAGAGGUGGUGUCAUCGGUUGUGACAGACACACCGCAUUAUCGAUACCAUGUGUUGCAAGAAGAAAAGAAAAAUGAUGUGAUUUUCCAAACACAAGAGUGUCAGUUAAUUGAAGAUUGACUGUACUUGGAAUUCUCGAAUUUAAAUUCAAUUUGAAGUAUUGUGACCUGUUCUAUGCAUUGUGUUUUUGAAAUCUACUUGAUUUGAGAUUUCACCAACGAGACAUCAGAUUGUUCAUUAAUUCUGUGACCUUAAUUACCAAAUUGGGACAUAGUCUGAAUGUUGAAGGUUAAAGCCACUCUCAAGAUGACAUCAGGAGUGUUGUUUGUUAUAAACUUCUGGAAAGGACGAAGAAAGGAUAAAGAUUCCCCGACGCCGCCUGCACAGGAGGAAAGCAAGCGAUACCUGGAAGACACAUGUAUAAAGGAGAGGGUAACGGACGCCGACUUCUUCCGACUAGUAUGUCUUCCACACAGUCUCGACAGAAACGAGUGGUUAGCCACCCAUGCAAUAUCCUUUUUCAACCAUGUGAACCUUGUGUACGGCGUAGUGUCGGAGUACUGUACAUCCGAGGGCUGCAGCGCGAUGACAGGACCAGGGAAUGUGCAAUUUUUGUGGUAUGAUGACAAAGGAAAGAAAUACAAAUACAGUGCCCCACAGUAUGUUGAUAUUGUCACCACAAACAUUCAGAGAGAAAUCUCAGAUGAAACAGUCUUUCCUACAAAAUUUGGGCAAACUUUUCCCAGCACUUUUGAAUCCACUGUGAAGAAGAUCCACAAAUACUUGUUCCAGGUUCUAGCCCAUAUAUAUCAUGUUCAUUACAGUGAUUUUGUGACACUUCAGAUGCACGGCCAUCUAAACAGUCUGUUUACUCAUUUCAUGGUGUUCAAUAUCAAAUUUGACCUUUUGGAGGAGAAAGACUAUGAAGUGGUUCAGGACUUAUUGAAAGGGCUGAUUCAGCUUCUUCCUGACCCCAAUCAAAACGAGGGCAAAGAGAACACAGCGCCAUCUACAGACAAGGACAGUAACUGUGUCAGUAUGGAAGUCUCCCCUACACACAUAUAAUAUUGUGAUUUGUCGUUACUUGUGAUGUGUACCUUUAAGGUCAAUACCCUUGUUUUAUCGAUAAAAAAAACUUCUCUCUCUCUCCCUCUUCAGUACUUUGCUAUAUAUGACUUUGUGGGAUGUUUCAGUAGAAUUUGGUUGCUAUGUCUGCAUCUACAGUUAUAGUAAGUUGGUUGGUGUUACUGAUGUAAUAUGACAUGGAUUUAUGGAUAAAUGUAGAAAUUAUCCCAGAAAAAAAAAAUGUGAAAUUUUUUUACCUCAAUUCUAGCAUGCAAAUAACAAGCUUGAGUUGUUAUUUAUUUAUUUUUUGGGGAAUAAGCUAGCUAACAUAGGAACAAUUGACUGAAGGGUUGAUUGUGACAAUUGUGGGUAUAUAGAUGGAUUGAUGGUUUCCGUCCAGUUUAACAGUUAUGGCUAACUUAAACACAUUAACUUGCUUUUGCUAACUAUAGUGCUCUUAAAAAUAUUGAACAGGAAUUGCUUCUAAUAGAUAUUUUAUGGAUGAAAUUAAUUUCAUAAAAAUAACAUUUUUGUUAAAAAGAAUUUUUUAGUUUAUUUCAAUUUCUGAUUUUUUUUUAGUUCGUGCUAUAUUUAGCUUUCUUUUUGGAGGAGGUGAUGUUUGAUUAUGAAAUGUUGUGUUAAUAAAGAAAUGGUGUAUAUGUGGGGCUUUUUUUCCCUUUAAUAUUAAAGACAAAGUACAAAUCUGAAAAAAAUACCAGAUCCUUUAAUCACCACAAUUAUUGCUUUUAAGUGAUAAGUUCUGUAAAACAUAUCUACAAGUAAGUAGAUUAGAUGCAUGUAUUAUUUGACUUUUACAAUUAAGAGUUGCAUUGUUUCAUUUGAUACUCAGAAUAUUCAGGUACAAUUUAUUCUGUUAAGUGAGAAGCUUAUAGGUUUACUUCAGCACUUGAUUGAGGGUUGGAUACAGAUGGAUAUUGACCUUUGGAAAUUACUGUCUUUCGUUUAAGGAUCUCAUGCAGGUACAUUUGUGAUGUAGAUAGGUUUGUAUAUAUACAGUAUGUACAUAAUAUUAUAAUGUGAUGGAUUGAUGUUUAUAACUACAAGCAGGCCUUAGUGAGAAGUAUCUGUGAGAUCAAUGUUAACACUGUCAAUUGUCUUAUGGGUGCCAUUGAUAAUGUCAAAAAGUGCAAAUAUCUAACAAUUAAUUUUUGUAUUUACUGUAUUUCUAUAGUAUUUAAAAUUUUUCUUUUAUGUUUGUUUGACAAAUUUGGAUUUUGCUAACUGCAUGGCUUCAUGUUUUGUAAAUUUGUUAACAGAAUUUUUAUUUUAUUGGUGGAAUCUUCUUAUACAUGCAUGGUCAAAGAAUUUCAGUCAAAAAUUGUAUGGGAGCUAAAUGCAGACUAGGGGGGGGGGGGUUGUUACAUGAGUAGUUUGUUGCCUAGAAAAUUAUUAUAAAAGUGCUUUUAAUUUUCUUUAGUUGCCUUCUUUAAGGUGGCUCAUUACACCUUUUUUCUCAUAUCAGCAGAAAAUUACUUGACGAUAGAUAGUAUGAUGAAUAAGAUAAAGAGUCAAAUAGGCAAAACAAAUAUGCAAUUUUUUAUGAAAAUAUGAUUUUCAAAAAAUUUAUCCAGUAAAUAUUGACAAAAGCCCCAAGCAGAUUUGAAUCAUUAUCUGAUGUUCACAUGAAGCCCAAUACUUUAAGCACUGAGCUAUGAUGAUAAACUACCAAAUAGAUACAAAUAAUUUAACAAACAUUUAAAUAACCAUCUCUUGUGGCAAAGUGUCUUAAAAAGUCUUGAUAUAUUGAGGUACCUUAAAAUACUUUUUUUUAUUCACUAGUAUUAAAGGAAGACAGUGACCAAAAAUGUAAUGAAUUAAUUUGACAUAUGACCAAGGUCAGGGGAAAAUGAUUUACCUAUUAUUGAUUGUAAAUUAAUAUUGAACCAAAUAAUCAAGAAGAAUCAUAUUGUGUAUCUCUAUAUAUACAUUUAUAAAGAUUACUUUGUUUGGUAGUGUUAUGUUUUUGCACUUAUUUUGUUACCAUAUUGGCUUUUUCAAAGCUUCUUACUGGUACAUUCCUGUAAACAAUUUAAUAGCUUCCUUUUAAUUCGUACCUUAAUUGUUAAAAAAUGUUUAAGUGUAUAAGAAAGUUUUCCCAUUCAAGUUUACAAGGGAGAAAACUCUGAAAAGGUUUCAUUUUGAUAGAUUGAAAUAAAACAUAUAUCAUUAAUUACUUUAAAAUGCCAUUUAUUUUACAUACUGUAUUGAGAUGAAAGAGAUUGUUAUUUACUAAUCACAAUGCUGAAGUUUUAUAAUGGCCUGUGUAAAACACAGUUUCUAAUCCAUUUUGAUGCCAAAAUCCUUGUUAACUAAUCUUGUUUGAUAUGGUGUUCAUGUACGUGUUAAAAAAAGUUGUUUCAAAAACUGAUGAAGUGUUCUGGAAGCUUGAUUACCAGGCUGGAUUAAGUUGGUACUGUGGUUUCAUUAAUUUCUGAGGGCAACAAUUUUUGUAGAUUUAGUGAAAAUUUCAAGGAUACGUGGCCAGUGAUCCUUUCAAUAAUGCACCUCAAUGAACAUUUAAUUUCAUAGAAAAGCUUGACAGUGAAAUACACAAAAUCAGGUAUUCCACGAAUAUUUAAUGUUGAAACCACAGUAACUGCCAGUAGGUUCUGAGUGUACUCUUGUAUUAGGAUGAUUUUCAUCCAUAGCUACCAGUAGAUGUCAGGAGCAAAAGUAAACUACAUCUAUUUCAAUUUAAUAGUAAAGGGCCUUCCUCCAUUAUCUUAAUAUCUUUAGAGUAUUAAUGUUAUUUUUACCAAAUUCAUUUAAUUAUUACCUGUUUGGAAUGUACUGGCAGAUUCAAAGAAUUUUCCUAAGAAAUGUUUUGUACCAAAGAAUUUCAAAAGUUAAUUUUGUACCAUCCAGUGAUUUUUAGCUAACCUGAACCGAAGGGCCUCUUGUUAAGUUUGCCAAAAGUGGUUCUUAAAGAUAUGCAGUAAGGUAUAAAAUCAAAAUAAGAAUAAUGUUAGGAAAUAUUUUGCACUCCUUCCAUGCUUACAAAAAUAUACAACUGAAGGGAACAAAAAGUUUUUUUAAGGUUUUGGUUAGAGUUUCAAUGUUUUUUCUUUUACAGUGUACAUGCAGUGUCCACAUAGUGUAAUAAGUUGAUGGAAUUUAACAAAGAAAGCUCAAGAAGACAACACUUGUCAUUGAAAAGGAAUUAGAAAUCCAAAGAGAUAUCUGCUCAUAAUUAUUUGAUUUGCCUCAUCAACAUCAAUUAGGGUUUUUUCCUCAAGGCAACCUCUCAAGUCAACACUUUCCUUGGUCUUUUUUAAAUGAUAUUAUUCUUUUGUAGCUCUUUCGUUGUAAGAAAUGAAUCAAAAUAUGCAGACAUUUUUAUAAAUAAAAAUGCUCUAUUAUACAACUUUAAAACAUUUUGUUCUAGUCUAAAUUGUUUUGUGUUUUGUAAGAUUUUAUUUGCAUAGGAUAUGAUUGCUUGCUAUUUUUGCACUCACACUGCAUUAAAGAAUAAAACAUGUUUUUUUUUUUUUUGUUGGACAAAAUUUAGUAAUGGCCAUAGAAUUGCAUUGACAGAAUGUUGGUGGAUUUUGUUAGUGUUUUGUACACUUGUGAAUAUUAUAAGCAAAUGAUGGAAUUGUUAUGUAGAACAAUUUGUGUGCAAUAAACUGUUACAUUUUAUGCUAAAUAGUCGGUAGAAGUUGUCUACCUAAUAAAUGUGAAAUAUGGUGUC